AGCUGAACACACACUCAGAACAGUCAUCUCACCUCUGUGGCAUCCUCAUCAGAUCUGUUCUUAAAGUGUUGGGUCAAGUCCAGUUGCCAAGAUGCGUGUAUUGUUCCUUAUGGUCUUGUAUGCUGGGCUAUGCUACGCCAGCUCUGACCAAGAAAACAUAGAGACUCUAAUGGAUAAUGUUCUGGUGCUGAGGGUUCCUUACGGUGUGAGCUCCACAAAGUAUGUUCCCCUGAGCUGUGGAGAAGCUUAUCAAAACCAGCCUGUGGUUUGGAAGAAAGACGGCGAGAUUAUACCAGAUCUGCAGGGGAACCAGGUCAAGGUGCUGGUGAAGGAUUUGGAUGGAGGAAAUUACACCUGUCACCUCAGCCCAGACGGAGAAUACCUCAACUACACUGUGAUCCUGAUCCAAAUAGAUCCAGCCAACAGGACUUACAUACUGGAAAAGAAAUCCCAUAAAGAGGGUCACAUCAGCUGCUCAGCGUCUAACUAUAGAGACUCCUUCCACUGCUCCUGGACCAGAACACAGUACAGACAGAACGCCGCUGUGCUCCUGGUGAAGGCAGAACGUCAUUCAGAAAAUAUUUCCUGUGAGCUGGAUGCUAAUGGGUCAGGGAUUCACUGCCAGGAUAGCAACUGUCCAUACAAAGAGGAACAGCACAGCAUCUCCAUCACCAUCUACAUAUACAACUCCGCUCUCCUCGAGGCCUACACUAAGGUUUUCUACCUGAGAGACAUUGUGAAGCCGGAAAAAGUCCAAAACCUGCAGAUCAGUAAUGAGAGGGUGUUCAGCUGGGAAUACCCUGAAUCCUGGGAGAAGCCCUGUACUUACUUUGGCCUGCAGUUCCAUGUCAAGGUGGUCAAAAAAGGAUUUAACUGUGAUAGUGAAAACAACAUAACGCUAAACACGACUCAGGAAACCAAAUAUGAGGUCAAUGUCAAAACCAAGAAGUUUGUUUUCUGUGUGCGAGCAAACGACAAAUUCACCAACGGCCCAUUUAGCGACUGGAACCAAUGCAUAGUGGAUAAAGAAACUAUGAGCUGCGCUUCCACCUGACUGCAGCCAUAAAGGAUGGGAAAAACAAAAGGAUGCAAGAAAACAUUUAUUUCAUCUCGUUUUUUAUCAUGUUUUUAAGCGAUGCAAUGUAUACCUUUAUUUAUUAGUACUAGUUGUCUCUCUGGAACUACAGUAUAUUGUUAAAAUGCUUAUUUGUAAUAUGAGUGAAAUCAACAACUCAUUCAUUUUUGUCCUUUGUAACUCUUUAUUUAACUAUCCUUGCAGAAUUGUUGCUUAAAUGUUUCUUAAACUUUCUUAAUAAAUUAAUGAACA